GCACCAUCAUUCCAUUCUUCUUUCUGUGUGGUUAUUUUUGGAGGCUUUCUUUACCAGGUGGUAUUCAGUUCUAGACGCCCACGCACAGACUCAAACGGCGGGAGACACUUAGACGACAUUUUAGCUUCGAUGUUAGCCCGAGCUAGCUAAUGUUAGCUCGGAUGGGGGAGGCUGCACGACGGCCAUUAUGAACGUCUUUAUCGCUCUGUCUAGUCUUGAGCGAGUCGCGCUUUGUCUUUCACGACUCACGCAGAGAACCACAUCAUUUAACCAAAUCUUCUCGAUGGAUGUGCUCUAGUUGCUGUAUGUAAUCGACAUGAAAAUGGAUUAAUAUGGUGUUUAACAUUGGAGUGGGCGAGGGCGCUACCGAGCAGCUUGCUAAAGGCUACUUGAUGCUAGCUUAGCGUCAGGCUUGGUUGAACCGCGAAGGCCUGGCCAGCCAAAAGAAAAAUAUCAACUUAUUUUGUUUUUAAGUAAAAGCUGCUAACAAAGUUUUAAUGCUAGAUGAGUGAGGUGGGUGUGGCUUCCCACCAGCCUGACCAUCCUGACUGACUGACGGAUCCCUGGAUGACCUUGCCCCCACCCCUGUCCCUGCGCUCACACACACCGUUACCACAGCAAUGUCACAUCUGCCCAGCAGCUCAGUCCGCGACCAUAUGAAAUGGGCGGGUCUGCUAGGCUGUGAAGCGGUGCUGUCCAGCAUGGCCCUGAUGCAGGCCAGCACAAUGGCGGCUCCACCCAAGAAGAUGAUGGCUCCUCUUGGCCACGCACCGCCACAGAGGGAGGGACCUGACCGUGCUCCUCAGAGUCACAUGAUCCUCCCAUCUGGCAUGAGCUGUCCACCACUGCUGAUCCGGAAGGAAGGCGACUUCCAAGCGCCGCGCCUGCUGGAUGAGAAGGACAUGAGGACCAGCGAGGACAUGCAGCAGAAAAAAAAGAACAGGAAAUCAGUGACGCCCUGUAAAGUGAGAGAACAAGAGGGAAGGGGAGGGAAGGGCGCAGGCGGAGAUGAGAACGGUCCAUCUUCCAAAGUGCAGAAAAACUUUAUUUGUGACCACUGUUAUGGAGCAUUUAGGAGCGGCUACCACCUGAAGAGACAUAUCCUCAUUCAUACAGGGGAGAAGCCGUAUGCUUGUGCCGUAUGUGACAUGAGGUUUAUUCAGCGUUACCACCUGGAGAGACACAGCCUCAUUCAUACGGGGGUGAAGCCGUACGCUUGCUCCAUGUGUGACAUGAGGUUCUUCCAACGCUACCAUCUGGCAAGACACAGCCUCACUCAUACUGGGGUGAAGCCAUACGCUUGCUCCAUGUGUGACAUGAGGUUUUUCCAACGCUACCACUUGGCAAGACACAGCCUCACUCACACGGGGGUGAAGCCAUAUGCUUGCUCCAUGUGUGACAUGAGAUUUUUCCAGAGAUACCACCUGGCGAGACACACACUCACACAUACGGGGGUGAAGCCGUACGCUUGCUCCAUGUGUGACAUGAGGUUCUUCCAACGUUACCAUUUGGCAAGACACAGCCUCACUCAUACUGGGGUGAAGCCGUAUGCUUGCACAAUGUGUGAUAUGAGGUUCAUACAACGUUACCAGCUGGAAAGACACAGUCUCACUCACACAGGGGUGAAGCCGUACGCUUGCACCAUGUGUGACAAGAGGUUUUUUCAGCGCUACCACCUGGCGAGACACAGCCUCACUCAUAUGGGUGUGAAACCUUAUGCUUGCACCAUGUGUGACAUGAAGUUUUUUCAGCGUUACCACCUGGCGAGACACAGCCUCACUCAUACUGGUGUGAAACCUUAUGCUUGCACCAUAUGCGACAAGAGAUUUUUUCAACGCUACCACCUGGCGAGACACAGCCUCACUCAUAUGGGUGUGAAACCUUUCGCUUGCACCAUGUGUGACAUGAGGUUUGUUCAGCGCUACCACCUGGCCAGACACAGCCUCACUCAUACUGGUGUGAAACCUUAUGCUUGCACCUUGUGCGACAAGAGGUUUUUUCAGCGUUAUCACCUGGCAAGACACAGUCUCACUCAUAUGGGUGUGAAACCUUUUGCUUGCACGAUGUGUGACAUGAGGUUUGUUCAGCGCUACCACCUGGCCAGACACAGCCUCACUCAUACGGGGGUGAAGCCGUAUGCUUGUUCCAUGUGUGACAUGAGGUUUAUUCAGCGUAACCACCUGGAGAGACACAGCCUCACUCAUACUGGAGAGAAGCCAUUUGCGUGCGACAUGUGUGACAUGAGGUUUAUCCAGCGCUACCACCUGGAGAGACACAAGCGUGUGCACAGCGGAGAGAAGCCUUACCAGUGUGAGCGCUGCCAGCAGAACUUUUCAAGGACAGACCGACUGUUGCGGCACCGGCGCCUGUGUCAGGGCCGCGGUGUAGCAAAAGUGGAGAACCAACCAUGUUGCGAACCGCGCCCAUACGCCCAGGAAGCUCCACCCGCCCCCCCGACAUGGAGCCCCAUGCACCCCCCACCAGGUCGUCUGGCCGUCUGACAUUCCCUGUUAGCCACGCCCAUGUGGCCACCAGAGACAGGACCGGCAGGCGGGCCUCGUGCUCGCUCUGUGCUGAGUGGCACCACUCUCUAGCACAGACUGACAACGCAGCUCCAGUCUUGGAUUACUAAUAACUGCGGGACUUUUUUUUUUUAUUGUUUUUUUUUCCUGACUUUUAAUGUUUCUUUUCUCCCCUCCAUAUUUUUUUAUUGACAAGAUUUUUCUGUGAUGAAGAGUGUUCCUGUUUUUUUUACUUACUCUGUUUUGCGCAAAGAAAAAUGUUUUUAUUGUUCCAGUGCAUCUACACUUGUUGGUACUCGAUCUACAGAUGGGGACAAAGUUGAGGAAAUUGAUUUUAUUUUGCCACUUAGGUCCAAAUCUACCAGAUCUUGCUUGCCAUGGCAGCUGUUUCCCAAUAGGAGUCACCAUGGCAACAGUAGCGUGACCGUGACUCCAUUGUUAAAGCCAUCUGCUUGACCAGCGCUCUUUGCCUCUCAACCUAAGAGGUGCACUGUCUGUAAAUAAUUCAACAUGCUAUUACUUCACAGUCGAACUUAAGUGGUGAUUGUAAUUUGCCAAUUUGGCCGAGAGUUAGCUUCUGUCUCGCGAGCACUGGGUGUUAAAGAGUAGCAGUGGAGCGCCGUUCAGCAGGACUUCCAUGGAGUGUGAUAUGUCCUGAUCAGUCAGGAAGAGGCGCAACGUGACUUCUCCUCUGCGUUGCCUGUACAGAUUUCUCAUGUUGGCAUUUUUCUCUGUGUGAGAAUACAUUUUUUGGUUUAUUAUUGUGUAACAGAUGUAUUAACAAAAGACAAGACCGCUUUUUAUGUCACGGUGGAUGUCCCCCCCCCCCCCCCCGGUGGUGCGGAAACACUGGUCUUUGCUAAUGUGAGGUCGAUAAGACGUUGCAUAGUACCGAGGCUGAAGGGUUUCGACGGUCCGCUGCAAGCAACACUCUGCUCCACACUAACCGUUGCCUUUGUAUGCAUAUAUUUUGUGCUUGAUGUGUUUUUAGUGGGGGCAUGUCAUGUCAUAUCAUCAGAAAGCGCAGAUACGCAAAUAAUCAUUGUCAUGCUAUAAAAUUGUUACAGGUUUGUUAUACAGGCAACAGCGCAUCCUGCUGCUUUACUUCUCAAACUUGACCCUCCUCAUGUACCGGUUUGAGUCGCACUAUUAAGAUGCGAAUAGAGCCGUGUGUACAUAUGACUGAUCACUCUCUAGUGUAAGAAAAUGUAUUUUUAUUGGCGGGACUGUAAAAAAGGUGUAUUUUGCCUCCUUGAUUCCCUGGGUGACCAUAUAUAGAGUGUAUGUUCAGUACAAUCAACUUGCUUCUAAUGUGAGUGUUGAGGGUCAAGUUUGAGGAAUGCGUUGACACUAUUCUAGCUGUGCACAAAGGAUGCCGCUGGUGUGAAAUGGUGCAAAAGUGUCCAUCACUUGCUUUUAACGUUGAGGUUUAACUUUUGUCUGGCGUUUUUUUCCCCCCCUCCACAUUCUGUACUCUUUUUUUUUUUUUUUUUUUUUUAAUAAAAUUGUAAACACUGGAGAGAAAUGGGGGGGGACGCGACAAAAAGAGAUGGGUAUUUUUUCCCCCUUAAGACUGUACUUGGUUUUAGACAAAGCCUCUUUCUCCUCAGAGAAGAUGAACCAAACCAUUUGGAUCAGUACAGUUGACAGCCCGGUAUGUUUGGACUUUUUGAGACAAAAAAAAAAAAAGAUUCCCUGCUAUUUGUAGUCAAUUCUAUUGAUGAUGGUAUUAGGAGAGAGACGGCAUAAUGGUAGCUAUCACAGAUUAGUUGUUUUCUUUCUUAGUCUUGCAUGCAGUUAUGGUCCUCAGUUGAAAUAGAAUCUUGAUAUUGAUUAUUUUGUGUAGAAAAAAAUGAGUGCAUACAAGUAACUUCCUAAAACUGUUACAAUAAUUAUUGUAAAAUGGGCUAACUAAUAUGUACCCUUGUGAUCCAAUUAGUUUCAACCGUAUACAAAUCGGGAGGAGAGGCUUCUUACUAUUAUGCUGAAAUAAAAACAUUUGUUAAGGA